AUGUCUCCAUCGCCAUCGGCUUUCAACAUCAGCGUACCCGACGAGGCGCUUGAGGCUCUGAAGAACAAACUUUCCGCUGCUACCUUGCCGGAUGAGCUUGAGGCGCCCAACGAGUGGCAGUAUGGUGCUCCACUGGCUGAUGUGAAGAGACUUGCCGCACGUUGGCAGGACGGAUAUGACUGGAGGACUCAUGAGGCGAGGCUAAAUGAACUGCCCAACUUCAUGGCGCAAGUCGAGGUCGAAGGCUUCAGGCCCAUCGACAUGCACUUUGUGCACCAAAAGAGCAACUCGGAAAAGGCAGUUCCACUUCUGUUCGUACAUGGCUGGCCGGGCUCCUUCAUUGAAGUCUUGAGGCUGCUGCCACUGCUGAAGUCAGGCGCACCUGCUUUCGACGUGGUCGCUCCCUCUCUUCCCAACUUUGGCUUUUCCUCUGGCAUCAAAGAGCCAGGGUUCUCUCUGCAGCACUACGCAGAGGCUUGUCACAAGCUGAUGAAACAGCUUGGGUACGAUGAAUAUGUGACCCAAGGUGGAGACUGGGGCUUCUUCAUCACCAGGGCCAUUGGCAUCCUGUACCCUGAGUCUUGCAAAGCAAGCCACGUCAACCUCAUCAAGGCCAAUGCUCCAGAGUGGAAGAAGAACCCUCUGCUUGCGCUGCAGCACAAGCUUUUCGCGUACACGGAUGCCGAGAAAACCGGGCUUGAGCGCUCUGCGUGGUUCCAGGCCGAAGGAGCUGGCUACAAUUUGCAACAAAGGACCAAACCGCAGACGAUCGGAUAUGCGCUUGCCGACUCCCCGGUUGCUCUCCUCGCGUGGAUCUAUGAGAAGCUGCACGACUGGACUGACAGUUAUGCGUGGACAGACGACGAGAUCCUGACUUGGAUCAGCAUCUAUUGGUUCUCCGCCGCGGGUCCUGCUGCCAGUGUACGCAUCUACUAUGAAACCAUCCACGACUCGCCCAAGGCCACGGUGAUUCCAAACAGAUUACGCGUCGAGCAGUGGGUUCCGAACGUCAAGCUCGGCCUCGCGUGGUUUCCAAAGGAGCUCACUGUGCCGCCAAAGACGUGGGCCCGGACAUUGGGCCCGGUGGUGUACGAGAGCGAGAGUCCGCGGGGAGGACACUUCGCGGCGUGGGAGACUCCGGACGUCAUCGUCGGUGACUUGCAGCAGAUGUUCUCGAAAGCCGGGCCUUGCUACAAGAUCGUAAAGGGCCGGAGCGGCUACGAUCGGGGUGCGCGUGCGCGUCUGUAG